CGGAAGUUGUUUUUAAUCUUUUCUUCCUGCAGACUUUACACCACCGAUUGGGUUGAUCGAGUGAAAAGUGUUGCUGUGCAAAAUCUAGCUACACGCUAGAUCUGUCAAAUAACGAAUCCGUGUCUCUGAGACACAGGACCUUCGCCGUAGUCGGUAGGCUACGAUCUGCUAGCUAAGAUGGCGGAGCUAAGGCACCGUGGAGCCAAAGACGCCGAGCCGACGUUACCGCCGCAGCCGUCAGAAGACAAGGGUUCAGACAGUGAGCUGAAGGUGGAAAAAGAUGGGGCGUCAGAUGGCGAGUCCAAGGUUGACUCAGGCGUCCCAGAAGUGCCGGUCCCUGCUGAUGACACCCCCGAGGUUCUAAACAAGGCACUGUCUGGACUCUCUUCAAGAUGGAAGAACUGGUGGGUCCGAGGCAUCCUCACCUUAGCCAUGAUCUCCUUCUUCUUCCUCAUCAUCUACCUGGGCCCCAUGGUGCUUAUGAUGAUUGUCCUCUGUGUUCAGAUCAAGUGCUUCCAGGAAAUCAUCACCAUUGGCUACAGUGUGUACCACUCCUACCACCUGCCCUGGUUCAGGACUUUGAGCUGGUACUUCCUGCUGUGUGUGAACUACUUCUUCUAUGGUGAGACUGUGACAGAUUCCUUCUUCACACUGGUGCAAAGGGAGGAGCCGCUCCGCAUCCUCAGCAAAUACCACCGAUUUAUCUCCUUCGCCCUCUAUCUCACAGGUUUCUGCAUGUUUGUGCUGAGUUUGGUGAAGAAGCACUACCGUCUUCAGUUCUACAUGUUUGGUUGGACCCAUGUGACUCUGCUGAUUGUGGUCACUCAGUCUCACCUUAUUAUUCACAACCUGUUUGAGGGGAUGAUCUGGUUCAUUGUGCCAAUUUCCUGCGUGAUCUGUAACGACAUUAUGGCCUACAUGUUUGGUUUCUUCUUCGGCCGCACCCCUCUCAUCAAGCUGUCACCUAAGAAGACAUGGGAGGGAUUCAUCGGUGGACUGUUCUCCACCAUUGUGUUUGGCAUCAUGCUCUCCUAUGUGAUGGCCGGCUGCCGCUACUUUGUGUGCCCGGUGGAGUUCAACACCAACUCCAACAGCUUCCAGGUGGAAUGUGAGCCGUCUGAGCUUUUCCAGCUCCAGGACUACGCGCUGCCCAGCGUCCUGGAGUCUGUCACUGGAUGGACCACAGUCCGUCUCUACCCGUUCCAGAUCCACAGCAUCGCUCUCUCCUCCUUCGCCUCCAUCAUGGGACCUUUCGGUGGCUUCUUUGCCAGCGGCUUCAAGAGAGCCUUCAAGAUCAAGGAUUUUGCCAACACCAUCCCGGGCCAUGGUGGCAUCAUGGACCGAUUCGACUGCCAGUACCUCAUGGCCACAUUUGUUAAUGUCUACAUUGCGAGCUUCAUCAGGGGCCCCAACCCUAGCAAGGUGAUCCAGCAGCUCCUGGCCCUCCGCGUCGAUCAGCAGCUCCACAUCUUCAACUCGCUGAAGGCUCACCUGACAGAGAAGGGCCUGCUGCCGGCGCUGGCGGAGGCCGCUGCCUAGAAGCCCCCCACCCCGCACCCACACCAGGUCACCCUAAGAGGAGGGCAGCACCCCGAGGGCCCAGGAGCUCGGGGGGGGGGGGGGGCUUGCAGUGUUGUGCGUGUGAGCCAAAACAAACUAGAGCCUGGGUCAUUCCGUCUCAUUUGUGUAUGAGAGCCGAGUGUGUGUCUGUGAAUCACCAGGUUCAGGUUGGGUCAGUGAACCACUGGACCCUGGUUCCACAUUUCCAUCACUGCCCGUGUCUAAAUCCACACUGUUGAACAAAAUGUUGGUCAGCUGUUCAUUUCUACCUGUACACAGGCUAUCCUCUAUAUACCUAUUAAUGUGUGUUCAUAUUUUAUUGUACAUUCUUUUGUUUUAAUGUACUGCUCUCAACCCUGUUACUCACUGUAUUGUUACCCCGGCUGCACACCCCAGCUCCCCAAAUGUAACUUUUAAUUUUCUUUGUUGUGAUUGUUUCUAUUUAUACAUAGAUUGAUUUUAUAUUUGGUAUGUUCUAUUAUAUCUCAAUGUUGUGUCUGUUUUAUUCAGGCUGAAUUUACCUUUACCAUCUGCCCGGUGUAUUUAUGUGUGUUUUGCCCAUGUUUUUGCUGCCAUUCACAAUUUUAAAAAAAAGGCUCUCCCCCUCUGCCAAACCAUUGACAUCAUGGUGUCGACUGUAAUAUCAAGCGGAAAGCCCUAAGAUGAUUGGCUAAGGUACAAGGGGUGUGAAUCUUCACUGGUCUCACGAUUCGACUAGUCCAUCAAUGAUUCAAAUCGACAAUAUCAUUAUAUAAUGCUACAAAUGAUUUUUGUAGCAUUAUAUACUGCUACACAUCAACAAAUUCAAGCAGUCAGAUAUAUACAGUUUGAACUCCCAUUUUUAUUGCAUCUGCUCCUAAAAUAGACACUGGCUGAAUGUAGCGUGUGUGAACACAGAAGACAGCAGACAAAGGAACUGUCGCUGCAUCUCUUCCACACCUCUAGAAGGUACCCCAAAGUGUUCCCCAGGAUCAGUCCAUCUUACAAAUACACAGUCCAGUCCUCCAGUCUGGAAGCUGGGAAUUCCCAAACUGCAGUUAGCAAUGCUCAAUUUAAAAAAGUGUUUUAUUAUGAAGGCCAGUGCGGUGGAUAGCAGCACUCCUCUCAGCAUUUCAUGGCAGAAGCACACUGGCCCACAGAAAUGGAACACGUGUUAUGUAUUUUUUUGGCUUCAUGGACUCACUCUGUUUUAAAACUUUUUUUUUUUUAAUAUCUCCAACAAAGUAGCUGAUUUUUACACAUGUUUAAUAAGGUGGUGGGGGUGUUGCUUUAUGGCUUCUGUUUGUGACAUUGUUGGGAUGGGACCGUACACAAAAGGUAACCAUGGUUUCUGUGUUGCCACUAUCUGCUUCUGUGUGUCGUAACCUCGCCAUGUCCACUUCUUCACAGCAGAAAGUGUGUGUGUGUGUGUGUGGGUGUGUCUAUCAUUGCUUGUGAGACAGCCAGCAGAUCUCUGGCCUCUGAUGCUCAGGUUGUCGUUCUACGGUGAGUUGCUGGGUCCACCGCGGUCUGUUGUACAGCAGGAUUCUGGAAGAUUUCUACCACUGGCAACUGUUGAUUCUUUAAUGGUAACAUAUAAAAGUUUCUCCAGUGUUGAGUUCACUUCUGUUCUUUUCUUUCUGUUGUUGAGUUCCCAUCUGUUAAAGGGCCACUCCACCGAUUCUUACACAUGUUUACUUGUUGUUUAAUAUCUUCUGUGGCGGAGGGAGCUUUAACAGCUUUUCACAGUGAUGUCAUUAGGGUUACUUUGGAGGACGGAGGUGUAGUGGAAGCGCUCUAGGUGUCAGCGGGACCCAAGCACAGCUUUUUCUGCGCUCGUUGUCAAAGGACAAACGGCAAUAUGAAUCAUAGAGCAGUCUGUGUAGCAGGGAUGUGAAGAUCAGUAUCCAUGUGUCGGCUUAUAAGUCAGGUGUACAGUAACUGACUGCGUCAUAUGGAAGAGGAUUAGGGCCACGUGGGAAAAAUGAGUCUGAAUCCUGACAUUUUAUCUUCUGACUUCAAACUCUGAACUCAAAUACAUGUUUUUACACGUGGCACUAAUUAAGCUUUAUUUAAUCAGGGUCAUUUUGAAAACAGUUUGCCACCUUAAAUAUACCCAAUUAUCAGAUUCUGUUCUCAAAAAUCUCUAUAUUUUUAAGCAAAGGACUUUUUGUAACCCAAAAGUAGUGUAUGCUUCCUUUAUAGCAACUAAUUUAUAGGAGUUUUCAGAUGGAAUGAACACGUUUUAAUUGUUUCUACCCCUAUUUGAAUGUCACUCCAUUCACAUUUUUGUUGACGUCAUUUAAAUGUCUGGCUUGAGAAGUCUCACGCUUAACUUCUUAAAGAAUUAUUUUAUUUUCUGUAAAAAAAACUUAUCAAAGUCACUAUAUUGUACAUUUAAGAAGAUGUUUAGAGCUGAGUGUGUUUCAGUAUUUUUGGUUAGAGAAAUGUUUUAUUGAAGUAUUACUAUUGCCAUAUUGGAGAGAGAAUGGCAACAUGUUUCCUCUCGGUCCGUUCUUGCUGUGACUUCAGUGCAGUUUGGUGUUUUCUGGGCUUUUCCCUGGUAGCUGGCGUGUGUCAUCUUCUGUGUCGCGGUGCGAGUGGAAGCAACACACACAGCCUAUACAUGUUGUAGCACUGUAUAGACCUUCUUCACGGCAGACAUGUUGACAUGUCUUAGUGUAUUCACAACCAUUAAUGAUGGCUGCAUUCCACUUAGGAGAGGCCCUGAAAUAGCUCACUGGGACGCAGGUUAUCAGCUGUGCGUUUCCAUCUAUGACAAGGCAAACAUGUCUGCCGGGAUACAGGUCUGUUGCAUCGUCUCCCUGCAGAAAGUUAAGCUGAGGACCGGUGUCCAGAACUGGUCCAUCUCUUAUAUAUCUCUGGCUCCACUGCCUGCUGUCCGUGGUGGUUUGGUGUUUUUAGCCCUGCAGCUCUGUCUGGUGUCACCGUCGGCCACCAGAGAGAGCCGGAGCUCCUGUGGUCGGUCGCUCAGUGGAACGCUGAUGCUGCGUCUGAGCACAAAGCCUCGCCCCUGUUGUUCCUGCUGUUUGAUACAUUCCAGUAGUAUUAAGGAUAAACCAUUUACAACACCAAUUCAUGCUUGGAUAUGAAAGAGAUUUUCAGAGAACUAAUGCUGUACAAUGUUCAAAGAAUCCUCUAACCUGGUGCGUUAUUUAAAAAAAAGAAUGUCACCCACAAAGCAGUUACAUAGAGACAGAAACAAAUGUGAGAUUUCUUUAGAGGGUGUGAUGCAGAGACGGUUUACCUAAAGCAGAACUGUACCGCCCCACUUACAAGAACUAGAGCAUCAUGACAGGGAUUCCUUCAAUUUCUACUUUCAUCUGAUACCAAUCUAUCUAUCACUCUAGCUUUAAAAUAGAGCCUCUAAAAAGGUCGAUCUUGAGGGAUUUAUGAAUUAAUAUCGGAUCAGUCAAAUACAGAUUGUUUACAGUCGGGAAACGGAUUCUUUUUAAACCCGGCCCUACAUUCCAGUACCCCUAAAGUUAAGAUUUGCGCACAGGGAGGCAGAAAAGAAAGGAUAGAUAGAAAGGCGUUGUGACCGUCCACAUGCUUAGGCUCCCCUUUGUUGCCAUUUUAUUUUGUGGUUGUAGAUCCUCUUUAAAAGCUGUAUGAUUUCACUAUAUUAUUCUUAAUGGUUUGUGUUGAGUUGUACAUUUGUCUAGAG